GCAUUGUGGCUAAGCAACUAAGCUUUCUAAAGCCUGCCUUUCUACUAGAAAUGAUUUGUUUUACCUCAACAGGCAUUUCUUUCAGCUUCUUGUGUGGCCUUAGAGGGUAUCACAUCUAUCAGACAGUGUGGGCUUCGAAAUUACAUGAAUUGCUUUCUACGGAGCACGAACAGAACAACUUAAGUGUACUGUACAUGACCACCAUGCCAUAGCAGCAACAAAAAUGCUUCCAGGGUGCUUAUCAUCUGCCUGUAUUGUAGGACACUUGCCAAGAGAAAAUAUUAUUAUUGUUAUUAUUAUUAAUGAACUUCACAAUACACAUAGACAAGACAACAGAAUAAGACCCAGAAGACUAGAUAGUACUGUAGGAGAAACUGUGAUGAAACACAGAGUCCCAAAAAUAAAACAAAACAAAACAGGAUGAAAAGGAGCUACAAAAUUAAGUUUAAUAAAUAAAAUUAAAAUUAUAAAAUUACAGGAAUGACUCAAUACACCUACUGCAUGGACAUAAAAAGUGGAAUGUGCAAAAUUGUGAUGAUUCAAACUUAUCUAAAAAGGUCUGCCACAUCAGAUCAACUAAUCAUCUCUUAGUGGAGGUCAAUGAGCAAUCGAGUGUAUCAGCUUGGUCUAUUAGCUGUAUCCAUAGUUGUGGUAGUCGGUUGAUAUAAAAGUGGCGAGACAAAUUAUGCUUUGUGUAACUAUGACAUAAUUUACGACCGUUGGAUCUAGUACAGGAGGAGGAGAAUGAUACAUGUUGUAGGAUAUCAAAAGAAGGAUUACAAAACUGAACUGAUUUCAUGAAAAAGACAACAUCAUUGAUCUCAUAGGUCAUCAUCAGGGGAAGAAGCUCGAGAGUAAACCAAUCUAAAUCUGUAAUCCGAAUCGUAGUCAUUUAAAAUCCAUUUGGUGGCUCGUCGUUGAACACUCUCAAUUAAUGCUAUAUCCUUAAUAAGGUGGGGGCGCCAGAUUGGUGAGCAGUAAGUCAAUUGUGAUCUGAUGAGAAUUAUGUACAGUUGUUUCCUUACUGAUGUAGAUGACAGAGUACCAACAGUUCUAUGUAUGAGACCCAGACUUUUCAGAAAUGUCUGGAGCAACCAGAUACAUAAUGGAGCAUGGAGCAGUUGUAACACUAAAAGUUGCAGAUGUCCACUAUUGCAUAUCACCUUUAGUCAGUGGCAGAUUUAAGGGGGGGAGGGCCCCCAAAAUUUUUCUGGAGUAAUGUAAACUCAGUUUUACCGAUAUUGUGAAACAGCUGCAGUACUGGACUAUGUAAACAAUCUUUAAACCACAAUAGAUGAAUAGAGCUCAUUUUAACAGCUAAUUUUGUCUUUCCUAAAAAGUCUGCUAUGGUUCUGCCAUGUUGUGCACAUGCACAAGCUUAAUUGACCACACGUUCUAAUUACCCCCACCCAUCUCAUAAUUGCCCCCCAGAAAGAUUAAAUCCUAGAUCCUCCCCUGCCUUUAUUACCAGGAGGACUAGAAAUCCCAGUCAUAGCACAGGUUCAAAUGACAUAAAUAGGACUGCUUUAGUUGAAUACAAAGUUCUAGUCAAAAGACUCUACAAGAAACCCUUCAAUGGAAAGUUUGAACAUGCAUUGCUGCACUUUUGAAAGAGUUGGGUGUGGCAAAAGGAGAUAUAAUCGAAGAGGGAAAGAUAGAAGAGAUAGACAAAGAGGAGAAGGUAGAGAUUCAAGAACUGAAUUAAUCAUCAUAAAAUUAAUAUUCAUAGUUAUUAUGUGUGUCACCACACCCACAUCAAUUAUCGUUAAAAGCAUGGUUAAAAGCCGCUAGGUAACAUGACUUUACUAUGUUUCCUUCAGCCAGUCUCUAGAACACAAUCUUCCAGACUUAUGUCAGUACAAGUCAAUAAAGACUUCCGUUUACUUGGAGUGGCCUUUCAGAGUUCCAAUGCUAUACGAAACGAUAACUUACAUUUACAUUCUUUUUUUCCAAAGAGCAUGUUUCUACAUUGGCUCAAUGUUAUAAGCGUUGUGCCCUUGGUUUUCCUUACUCCUCAGAAGCUAUGCUUCUGCAUAUACUAAUAUUGUACCAGUUUAGUGCUGACCUCAGAUUCUUAAAUCUAGGAGACGCUACUUAAAGUAGGAAAACCACCACAGUCUUGUCUAAUCAACUUAGUUUAUGUUACAACAUGCCUUAAUUCACAGUGUCAUUUUUAUAAUUCUAUUAUUACUAUUAUACUCAUAUUUUCUAAAACUUGUAUAAUAAUAAUCACUAAAGUUUCUUAUGCAAACAUUGUCCAUCUUGUAACUAGCAGGUCAGAAUUAUACAGGGUUUUGUUUUGUAAUGAUAGUAAUAUUAUAAUAGUUGCUUCUUUGCUUGUCAUACCACCCUUUUUGUAACUGCUUUUUUCUAUUAAAUUAUAAAACAUUAGAACAAGGUGAGUGUAUUAAUAAAUACAUGCAGCUCUCUUAUGACUUACCAUAAUUUGCCUUUUUUUCGUUGUGGAAAUACAUGUAUUUUUGUAUGGUCUUAAAAUGAUGAAAAUAUUUCAAUCGAAAAUUUUUGAGCAACCAAAAUUUGUGACCUAAUUCAUCAAUGAAAGACUAAGGUACUGCCUGAUGAGUAGGUAUCUUCUUGCAGCUCUAACCUUGCUCUUUCCACUGGUGCUUGCUGUACUUCAAUCAGUUGCUUCACUACUGAGUUAUAAAAUGAAAUGGUCCACCAUGUGACAAAAGUAGCCAUUUAAUGUUUCCCUUUAUUAUCUAUAAAUUGGUCAUUGCUGCAUCUCCAGUACUAUCCGUCUACUAGAGAUGUGCCGAUAUGGGUUUUAGCCAAUAUGCCAAUAUUAACAUAGCCAAUACUGGCCAAUGCCGAUACCGAUCCGAUAUUUUCCUUCCUACCUUUUAGGCACAAAUUUACACAUGUACCAUGUGAUUUAUACACUUCCUACUUUACUAUCUUGACUAAUUUUAAGUAGUCCCAGUUAUAGAAUCAUUUUGAGAUUUUUUCUAGCUCAUAAUGUCUUAAAAUUAAUUAAUUAACCCUUUAUUAUUGUGCAUAUGACCAUGUGUUGCUAUGUCUGCAAGAUUCAUGCAAAGAAACCGAUAACCGAUACUAUAAAAAGCAGGUCGAUAAGCCGAUAUCUGAUAUGCCAAUCGAUUAUCGGUACAUCUCUACCAUAUGAUAGUAAUGUCGGGGAACAGCCAGGUCAAGAAUUUCAUAUCUCAAGAAUUGUAAACACUACUAUAGCGGCCUUGUUACCAUUAUGUAAAGGACAAAGUAUAUGCAAGAGAAGCUAAAUUUUCAGACUGCAAAAAUUUUUGUACACUAUGAGAAGACGAAAAUAUUUCCACUUGAAUUUUUCUUAAUUGAAAAAUUUUUGUUCAAAAAAAGACAAAUUAUGGUACCUUUCUUAUUUUAUAAUCAACCAUUGUUUAACUUUAUAGCCAUUUUGUAAGUGUAUCUAAGAAGCCUGAUUCUAUAAGAAACUGUCACAAACAUACAGAAAAGAUCCAAGAAGGCAGCAGUCAAGGCAAGAUAGGCUACACUUAUAACGUUCAUACUGAAUAAAGCAGUAUUGACCAGAUUCAAUGGACAAAGCACAACAAGAACAGAAAUGCUGCUGCAGUUUAGUUGCCAUUCAACGUGUUGAGGUUGUAUCUCACCUACUUCUUCAGAUGACUCUUCAUUUUAAUAUUUACUAUUCUUUUCCUUGGAUGCUAUCUCUUAUUAUUGGAUUGGAACUUAAGUUCAGUUUCCUCUUGAGUCAUUACAAAUAUGUAACAGUUGCAGUCUAUGUCAUCCUGUUUACUGUGGAAAUGUUGAGGCUUUACUUGGGAUAUGAAGGUAAUCUCAGGGAGAAGGUUGCUGAAUUGGCUGGCUUCUGGUUACUAACUGUUUUGCAACUGUUACUGGUGCUUUAUCUUGUGGUUAAUGUGAACACUGUUCUAUUGCCCUUAGAGUUUGCAGUUAAUGGUCCUCUACUGUUUUUUUUAUUUGUACAGAUUGUUACCGGAUUUAGAUCACUUCAGUUAAUGAUUCAAGCACAAAAAGUCAAGUAUCACAUUAGUUUACUAAAAUUUGGACAAAGCUUGCAGAAUAUUGAGAAACUCGAUCAAUUUGACUUAAACUAAUUUUUCAUAGUUUUCUGAAGGUGAUGGAGUGUGAGUAUUAUGGGUGGAUAUUUUUUAUGAUAGUUAAUGUGUUGACAGAUAUUUAAUCUUAUCAUUUUGAUUGACACACCUUA